AUGGCAUUGUGCUCUGUAGCUCAAGUUGCACUGUUUGGUUCUCCCCUCAACCUUCGACUAUACAAUCCAGCAGCGGUAAAAGUCAAGAAAUUUAUUGUUGACUGCCUAUUUAAAGAGAGUGAAGACUACUUCUACAUGUGUGCAUGUCUGUUAUGGGCUAUAUGGAAAGAAAGAAACGCUCUUGUCUUCGAGAAUCAAAAACCAAAUAUUGGACACAUCAUCAGGGAUGGUCUCUUCUGGUACAAUAGGUACAAUAUCAUGGAAGGUGAAGACAAUAAUGCAACAAGACCAGUUUCUAUGCCUCAAGUUAUUACUUCUCAACUGUCACAGUGGCUCCCUCCAAGGCAGAAUUAUGUUAAAAUUAACGUCGAUGUAGCUGUCGAAGACUUUCAUUCAUCUUGUGCAGUAAUAGCUACCAACUCGAAUGGGGAUUUCUUGCGCAGAGGAUGCCAGUUUCUGAAACAGAACAAUCCCUUAAUUGCCGAAGCUUAUGGUUUCCUCCUCGCUUUUCAAUUGGCUGAGAAAGAAGGCUUCAACAAAAUUAUUGUUGAAGGCGACUGCCAGGAAGUCGUCUAUAUCCUAAACGGUCAGACUACUAUGACACCAUGGAGAGUAUUAGGCAUUAUUGAGAGAAUUUAG